ACGCAGUCACUUUUGACAUGGCAGUGCUGCGUGAGUGAUCAAGGUGAGAGAGUGAGCAACAGGUGUAUCAGCUCUCAGGAAACUUCCGCUGCAGCCUCGCCAUGGGGACUCUGCCGGAGCUUGACGCAGGGUAUGAAGUCCACCGUCUCGCCACCUUCAAAUGCCUUUUCUCUGUUAGAAAGUCAUGUGCGCCUUUAUAAGAUGUAGACUAAAAUGGUCAUAAAUGUCCGAAACUAGACAGAUUAUCAGUCUACAGCGGAAUGUCAAAAAAAAAUCCGUACGUCGCAAUUGGAUACCACUUUCAGCAUUAACAUUGAUCUGUUUUUUUUUUGUUUUUUUUUACUUACAGAGUUGGCAUUUGCUCGGUCCUGGAAACUGUAGCGGUUUUUAUUUUCUUGAUGUUAUUUAAAACUGGAAAAAGUAUUUAAAGUAAAAAGCGAAAGAAGAAAAGCUGAAGGUAGGCUAUUUGUGGCGGAACGGAAUUCUUAGAGAGGCUCCCCAGCAGUCAUGCAUAGGUCCGGGCGAACAGGCGCUCCCGUGGGCCGAGCCCGAACCUGAAAGAACUGAUUCCUGCGAGGAAAUGCUGGAGUGGAGCGGACAUCAACCCUGGGCAGCUGGACUAUCAUUCUAACGAUAUUUAAUAUUACUUUGAAUCUUCGCUGAUCCAAUCUUAUUGCACUGAGGAGCGGCCAUCAGUUUCAUCGUGGGGGUGUACGGAACGGUACCGGAGUGGACUUCGCGAAGUGACCGAACAGAACUGCUGGACUUGUGCAAGAUGACAUUACGGCUUCCAGUGGGUCUGUUCGUCUUAUGGGUGAUGGUACCUUCUAUCUGGGGGCAAAUAUUUGUGGAGCCCCCUGCUGGUGCGACGGUGCGCACUGUGACGGAGGGUCCCACCCGCCUGCCGUGCCAGUUCCAUGUGGAUGGGCAGAAGGUGGUGCAGGUCAGCUGGAGCAAAGCAGGGCCCGACGGCAGCAGGGACACGGUCAUCGCCGCGCACCACUCGGAGGGACACACGGAGUAUGGGCCUUACUCUGGGCACGUCUACUUUGAGAACAGUAACCCCAUACAGAACUCGGCGCUGAUCAUCCGUAACACGGACGAGUCGGAUGAGGGGAUAUACAUCUGCCACAUUGCCACCUUCCCGUCCGGCAGCUUCGAGGUACAGAUGUCACUUAUAGUCUGGGUCCCACCCAUCUCCAGCCUGGACCCAAUAGAGAUGGUGGAGGGCCAGACCUACCGCGUGGCGGCCACUUGUCGCGCGGUGGCCCGCCCCAUGCCCCGCCUCUCCUGGGACACGGACCAGCCCGGCCAAGCCAGUAACCGCAGCUCAGGGCCUGGGUCCGUGUCCAGCUACUUCUCCCUGCACCCUCUGCGUGGCAUGAAUGGCAAGAAACUGGACUGCCUGGUGUGGCACCCCACCCUCGACAGGCCCCGCAGGAUCCAGAACAGCCUCGUAGUGCAUUAUCCCCCCGAUGCGACUGUCAGCGGCUUCGAUGAAAAUUGGUAUGUGGGAUUGGAGCAAGCGUCCCUCCGGUGUAACAGUAGAGGGCAUCCGAAACCACACAGCUUUACCUGGACCAGGAACGGCGGGCCACCUCCGAAGGGCGUAACUGUAAGGAACGAGACUCUGAUCUUUGGUCGGCCCCUAACUCUGGAGGAUGCUGGCCGGUACCACUGCAUGGCACAGAAUUCUGUGGGCAUGGGGAAGGCAGACGUUGAGGUCAAAGUGUCCGAGUUUCCUCCAAAACCCACAUUUGACAGCCUGCUGAUGAUCAUCGCAGGUGUGGUCAUUGGGGUGCUGGUGGUAGUUAUGGUAAUCUCGGUUGUCCUGGUGAACCGCUACCACAAGCGUAAGAAUAAGAAGUUGGAGAUGGAGCUGACUGAGAGAAAGGAGGAGAUCACCACUCUGUCCAGACAGGCCUCCUUUAGGAGAAUGCACACCGUCAACGCCGACCACCAUAUACAGGCUGAGGACUGCGUUCCUCUCAGAGUGGAAGGCACCAUCCGCAGCAGCCUGUCCUCCCUAACCGCAGAACAAGGUCGCAGCAGAGACAGCCACUCUACUCUCUCUGGUGGCCGGGGGGGUUUAGACUCCUUGGGUCGACCCGUUAUAUUCAACUCCUCUCGACGUGGGGAGCGAACGAAGGAGAGAGAUUUUGAUCGGGAAGUCAAUGGAGAUGAGACUCUACUAAGAGUGAAUUCCAUAGAUUCCCGUCUCCCUCCUGCGUUCCACCCCCCUCUCCUCCCCUCCCUCCCCCCGUUUGAGCGCACGGCAGACCUCAGGCUCGUUAACGGCAAGGCCGGCAUUCCCGGAUGUGACAGGGCUCAGCAUUCCCCUCUUAACUCGGCCUAUCCUCUGCUGACGGACGAGGAGGACGAGGAGGAGCACGGCCAGGAAGAUGGAGAGAAGCACAGAGAACACUGCAACCACAACGGCAAGAGCAACAGCACCCAGAUCUCAGAAGCUUUGAAUAACAACUUUCACUACAGCAACGGAACCUUGCGGCCCAAACCCCUCGCCAACGCGAUCCUCAUCCACCCUAAGGGUCAGAUCGUGUGAAGCCUCGUCCAGCUGGCCGCUGGUUACGCUUGUUCUCAAGGCUCUGCCUGCUCCACCUCCUGGCUGCACAUUUGCGAAUCUGAUGGAAUGACAGCUUCUGGAAGAUGGUCACAUGACCCGCACUCAGCUAGAUCUCCCUUUUCUCCAUCACUUGGUUAUUGUACGGUCAUAUAAAGAGUUAAGCUUGUCAGACUGAAUCAGUUUGACCUGUUUGCUAGGGUACUACACAAUUUUUUUUUGGAGAAUUCAAAAACGUUUAAGUUUGCCGCCACAUUAUUCAUAAAUACUGAAGAUGUAAAUAUUUUUGCCAAAAAUUAUUACAUACUAUUUUUUUUACCUUAGGCUUUGUCCAACAAUUAGGGAGUAAGACAGUUAUGAAGUAUUAAUAUUUUAACCAUCUGUAUUAUGCAUUUUCAAUGGUCAUUGUUUAAUAGUUCUGUUAAAGGCAGUUACGAGAGAGGGAGGACCCUGCAUUGACACUGGGUAUUACUUUUGAAUCAUGUGAACAAGGCCGAUGUAUAUAUGACAGCACACUUGUAUGGUACAGGGACAUCAGUGUUGCUAUGGUGAUGGUAUGGAGGAAAAAAAGGGACAAGAAUAUUAUAUUUUGUACUCACUGUGGUUGAAACUUCAACUGUAUAGCAAGCAUUGUAAUUGUUGACAUAAAAGUGUUUAAUUUAUAAAUCCUGAAUGGAUGAAAGAAUUGGUCAGCUACAAGGGACACUCAUGACCUACCAUUACGUUACAGCUACCACUGCGUGUGACCAGAUGGUCGAAAGACAAUGGAGAGCUGAUCGCUUCAGCUGGCCUGGGUAUACUGCAUUUUAUCGUUUUACGCUGGACUUCAACUGGUUUCCGAAAGGACCCUUGCCAUACUACAGAAACCAGUGAUUAUAGUAUUUUACAGAACUGUAUAUAAGCACCAAAGACUUUUUUAUAGGAUUGAUGGAAUGUUUUACAAUACUUUAGUGAGACACUUUCCUUUUGGCUCAUUUAUAUUCAUGAAAAAAGACUGUAUAUGUACAGACAUGCCCUGUGCACUGCUCUUAUACUGGUGAUGUUUUUGAUACCGUAUUAAAAAAUGAAAAUGGAUGGAGCAAUCUAAAAACGCACGGAAGAGUCUGGCAUCCCACCACUAAAGGUUUAUGUGUUUGAAUUAAUUAUGUAGGCCAAAGUUUUCAGCCUAAGUGACUCAGUAUGAUGUAUUGGAUGUGUUUGCAUGUUCUCUCAGUGUUUCUCCCUACAGUGUAAAGACAUGCAGCUCAGUGAACUGGUGUUUCUCAGUUGCCCACAGUGUGUGUCUGCCCGCCCUAUGAUUGACGAGUACCUCGCUGUAAAAUGUCACCUUCCCUGUGCGUUCUAGGCUGACCAGUACCCCGUAUCGGAUAAACGGUUAUGGAAAAUGGAUGGAUUAUUUUUAAAAUUAAGAAUGUGGAAUUACUUUCAGUCAGGACUGUUAAUCAUUCAUAAGAUCUUCACGUACAAGCUUCUGCUUCAUCACCUGACCUUCACAAAAAAAUAAUUCUAAAUGGGUUUUAAAUUUCAGUUACAUUUAAUGGCACUGAUGAGUCCCUGCCAAAGGUUCUGGGGUGAAGGAUUCUCAGGAACCCGAUGAACGACGAGGCCCAGAGGAGCAGAAGCUGAAUGUCCCUUUGUCAGAAUAAAUUAUGAAUCAACAUCGAAA